AUGGCCGAAGCACGAAACCGCGAGCGCGGCCUCAAAGCGGCCCUCCACAACCCGCACGUCUCCGAAGAAGCCAAGCAGCACGACCGCGAGCUGCUGGCCACCGAGUACGGCGAAACAAUGCCCGCCGCCGCCGCCGCCGCCGCUCCCGAAGCAACCCUGCAGCCCAAACGACGCACUACGGGAGGGGUGGAGAAGGGUGCUGGGGCGGCGUCGCGGAAGACGCGCAGGGCGUCGGUGGGCGAGCCUGGUGGUUUGCACCAUGCCGUGGAGGAUAAGGAUAAGGGGAAUGUAAUCCGGGGUCUGAAAGCUGCACUUAAGAACCCGCAUGUUUCGGACAAGGCCAAGGAAGAGGACCGGAAGAAAUUGAGGGAGCUCGGCGAAGAUGUGUGA